UGCAGAUUUUACCUGUGGCACAUACAAAGAUACAUCCAGAUCAGAAACUUGGCGAAAGUGUCCAGCAGCUCCUACUCACCAAAAUUGCCGUUUAUUUGAUGACUUUUUUAAUAGUUACAGUUGCCUGGGCAGCUCAUGUCAGACUUUUUCAGGUGAUUGAACUCAUCGAUGAUGUACUUGCCCUUGCAAAUUUGGCAUGCAUGAUGAUCAUUACUUUUUUGCCAUAUACAUUCUCCUUAAUGGCCUCUUUUCCUGACAUACCGUUUGGCAUUUUUAUGUUUAGUAGCUGUGCUGUUGUAAUUGGUGUUAUCCAGGCAAUCAUUGUAUUAUAUGGCUUCAAACAUUCGUAUUUACUGAAUCAUCAGAUACAGGAAUCUGAAAACAAGGCAUUUUAUAAAUACCGUAUCUUAAAGAUUAUCCUGGGAGGGCCAACACUGAGCUUUUUGGCUGCCAUCUUUUCAUUUUUCUUCAUCCCAUUGUCAUACAUGUUUCUUGGGUUCGUCGUUUUUCUCCCACAUCUCAGCCAUCUAAUCAAAUGGUUUAAAAGAAGAGUUCUUGGUCAAGAAGAGGAAAUCCCUGUAGAAUAUUUUACUUCUUAUCUUACGGAACCCCUGAAUAAGGAACGAGUGGAAACUUUCAGUGAUGGAGUUUAUGCAAUUGUUGCAACUCUGUUAAUUCUGGAUAUAUGCGAAGGUAAUGUUCCUGAUGAUAAUGAAGUUAAAGAGAAAUACAAUGGUCAUCUUGUUGAAGCGCUGAGAGAAUAUGGUCCAAAUUUCCUUGCCUACUUCGGAUCAUUUGUAACUAUUGGCCUUCUCUGGUUUGUCCACCAUUCACUCUUCCUCCACGUGACAAAAGCCACUCGACUGAUGAGCCUGCUUAAUACCCUUUCUUUGGCUUUUAUUGGCGGACUACCUCUUGCUUACCAGCUGACCAGUGAGUUUGCUGAUAAGUCUUACAAUGAAAUAGAAGCCAUUCAAGUUAGCUGUGUUACCAUUUUUUUUGCGAGCAUCUUCCAGUUUGGCAUAUGGAUCGCUGCAUUGUUCCAUGAAGUUGAGACGUUGCAUCCUUUUGCUAGAUACGGUGGCAAAGAACAUGCCUUCAUGUUUGCAAAGCUUUCCCUCUACCCCUCUGUGAGCCUUGGAGUCUUCUUUCUGACGUGUGUUGUGAGUGAGCUAAGUACAACUAUUUUUCAUCUCACCCAGAUAAUUGUCCCAUUUGCUUUUCUUGUAUUGCGCAUCUUUGUCAGAAUUGGUUUGGUGAUAUUAAACUUUGUAAUGUCACUGGCCAGGCCAAGGAACAUUGUUUUAGAAGAAGAGGAGGCAUGUUUAUCCCCAUCUGAAACACUAUCAUAGCUUUUCCUGCACCUUACAUGGAAAAUCAAGAUAUUGCUAUGACUUGGAAAUUUCUGGACUCAACUACAGUUGAAUUGUUCCUUUCUUUAGGGAUAUUCAGCUGUUCCUUUUAUUUGCAGACCGGCAUUUGGUUCAGUGAGUUUGGCUAGAAUACUUACCAGCUCAGUAACCUCACUGAUCAUAGAUGAUUCCUUGUGGAGGAAUCACAGGAGAAAAUAAUGGCAUCAGCAGUUUCUUGGGAAGUGCCAUUUGCCAUAGCCAGUAAAGGUGAUAAUACGAAUGUCCUUUUCCAUUCCAUGGCCAUUAAGUGACCUGGAGGAUCUAUUAAAUUGUUAAAUAAUUCCAUGUGUGUCUUGAGUUGUAACCCUAAUGGCUGCUAUCUAAUGUACGUAAUUUAGCAAAUCAAUGUAAAAGGACUAGUUGAACAAAGGAAUUGUGAGGCAACAAAUUACUAUCAAGAGUAAUGCAAGAAGUAAUUCAUUCAACACUGGCAACAUCCAAAGAAACCUGUUUGUUCAGGCUUCUAAAUAUUUAGAGAAUGUUUAGAAAGCGUUGGCUGUCAGUAUAACUAGAGUUUGCUGGAAGUAUAACCUGAUGAGGGGAUACAUAUGAUAAGGGCUUGUCCCACUAUUACCUCAUUCGGUUCAAUAGCCAUAACUUUAUUAGUAUGGUUUUCAGAAAAUAAAUGGAUAUUGCUGUGAUAUCCCAGACAUUUGGAAUUAAUCAGCAGAUGAAGAACUUUAGAUUUAUGAAGUAAGGAAGAUCACUCUGUUAAGACAGGAAGAUGUGCCACCCUGAACUUACAGGAAGUCCUCAGGUUAUGACGACAGUUGGAACCGGGAACUCUGUGCUAAGAAAUACAGUCAUAAAGCAUGACAUCACAUGACUGUCACUUAGCAAUGGCAAUUCCGGUAGUCCUGGUUGCUGUCAUUAA